AUGGGUGUUAAUGCUACCGCAGUUGUUCAAUUUUGCAAUUUAAAAUUUUCACAUGUUGUCACAUCAUCAUCUAAAAUUAAGGAGCUAAAGAUGAUGGCUUGUUCUCGUUGGAUUUCUCUCCGCAAUUCUGAUUUUUACUUCACUUGUGUCUACGAGGGCAAUAAAGUGCCUCUCCGUCUUGAUUUUCAGCUACAGUCAGUGAUUUUGUUCUACAUUGAUAAUAAUAUCAACAGUUUUGACUUGUCGAUUGAAUUUUUUGGGGAGAGUUGUUCUUCUUUGGCAACAUCAGAAGAUUAUGAUAGUGAUGUAGUAGAUGACUUGGCUGAAGAUAACAACACUGCUUUUAUUGAAGAUGGAGCACUAGUGUCUCGUCCAAGGAGAUUAAAGGAGUGGGAGAAUGUUAUUGGUGAUGUUGGUCAACAUAUCGGAUAUCCAUAUGCAAUCAUAAAGAGUGCUCCUGAUCGUUAUACUGUUAAGUGUGCUUCGUUCGCCACGACAACUUGUAAAUGGAGAUUUCAUGCUUCAUCCAUCCAAGGUAACUUAGAUCUGUUUGAAAUUAAAACAUUUUACAAAGAGCACACAUGUGGAGCUGGUACUGGUGAUUCUCGCCAAUUUAAAUGCAAGCGUAAGUUUGUGCAAAGUGUGAUAAUGGACGAUAUAAGACACGAUCCUCACAAAAAGAAGGCUUCAGAUAUCCAAAAAAUAUUUGAAUUUGAUUAUGGGAUAGAUUUAAGUUACCAUCAAGCUUAUUCCGGUCUUGAGUAUGGAAAGAAAAUUUUAUGGGGAGAUGAUGUGAAGUCAUAUUCAGACUUUCAAUGGUAUGUUGAUGCUGUGAAUAAGUACAAUCUCGGUAGUAAAGUUGUUCUUGAAGUUGAUAAAGUCUCCAAGAAGUUUGAGAGAUUUUUCAUAUCUUUUGAAGCUUCUAUACAUGGCUUUAACUUCUGUCAUCCUAUGAUUAUCCUGGAUGCUACCUUUCUUGUCGGAAAACACAAGGGUGCCCUAAUGGUAGAUGUGGGAAAGGAUGCAAAUCAAGGAAUUUUUCCUAUAGAUUUUGGUAUAGUUGGCAUUGAAGAUAAACCAAAUUGGCUUAAUAUUCCUGUUUCUAAAAAUGAUAAGAGAUACAAGGCAACAGUUGGUAUGUUUAAGUAUGCGUACUGUGAUCUCACUCCUCAAGGUUUUGCUUCCGCUUUGAAAUCCAUGAAAUUGUACAACUUACAUAAAAUGAUCAUUUGGCUGAACGGAAUUCCUCAUGAGAAUUGGGCAACUUAUGCAUUUUUGGGAAUGCGUUAUGAAGAAAAGAGUUCUAGUGUUAUUGAAUCUUUCAGUAGUUCUAUAAAAAGUGACAAGGGACUUCCACAUUCAUUUUUAGCGGAUCAAAUUCGGGUUCAUCUUAUGGAUUGGAUGUAUAAAAGGAAGAAGGAAUCUGAAAAGUGGAAAUCAAUCCUUACACCCAGAAUGGAACACAGGCUUAAGACCAUUAAGGAUGUUGGUAGAAGCUACAGGGUUAAGCCAGCAGGGGAUGGUUUGUUUGAAGUGUAUACAUUAUCUCCUCCAAAGAAGCAUUUAGUGGAGUUGUAUUCUAUGAGUUGUACUUGUCGAAGAUGGGAUGCUAACGGAUUCCCAUGUUCCCAUGCUGUGCAAUGCAUUCUAAGUUACUAUAAACACACUGUAUACCAUUACAUUGAUCCUGCGUUUACAACUGAUUGCUAUCGAAAUGCAUAUUCACAUCCAAUUGUCCCCAUUCCUGAUGUUGAGAAACCAAAUGAAGUUGAUGAAGCCAAUAAGGUUAAUGAUCCUGCUGUUGUUAGAGGACCUGGAAGACAGAAAAAAAGAGGUUAA